AAUCACAUAGCAUUAUCAACGUUUACAAUCGCGAAUUGUUUAGAUACAGAACGCGAUUUGGCUGCAGCAUAAUUACACAUACCAACGGGAACUUCACCGCAAUUAGCCGGCCGUCUUAGCUACGAUCAUCUUGUUUCAUAUUACACGGGAAGGUGUCUUAUCCCGACGCUUAACGCGACAAGUAACAAAAAUGCGAAUACCAUGGUUUUUAUUGAAAACCUUUAUCUUCAUCGGCAGCAGUUCGCUGUCGGCGUGCAUGGAAAUCUGCCACCAGCUAAUGAUCCGAUGUGACGCUUUGUGGGAGCAAAGCCGUUACUCGCCCUGGGAUAAGUGGCGGGAAGCAUGGCCCGUAACGGAUGAGCGGGUUAACCAGACAGCUCGCGAAGCCGCCAUGUCAUGCCGUGCUGACAGAAAAAGACAUCUUUGCAGUGUGAACGAAGAAUAUGGACGAUGCUUGAACGCGGUGAACGAAGGCUGCCCGCAAUAUCCGUUCCCCAAGGCUGAAUUCAGUUUCUUUAUGGCCGCAUGGAAUAUCUUCAUUGCCAAACUCUGCGACGCGCCGGUCGCCCUGCAGCGUUACACUGCCGCGCUCUUUGACUGUUACAUCAUCCACAAGGACACUAUCCCAUUGAAGCUGCCUCCAGCCUUGCCUAGCGUGCUGCAUUCGCACAACGCCAGCAUUGCCGUGCGAGACGUUUGCAGAGCGCUGGUGGAUUUGGAGCAGCAACUGAACGACACCGCGCGUGCAGCAGUUACCGGAUCGUGUGGAGAAGACGGACUGCGUAUUCUGUUAGAAGGAACUGGUUUUCUGCAUAAAAGCAACUGCCUUGAAUUGAAUGCUGACCGAAACGGUCAUUUGUUCGGUAAAAAUCUGAUGUUUGACUCCUGUUGUGAACUGCGUGCCGGUGCAUGAGCGCAGAUUGUAAAAGCACAGCUCCCGCUUGAACGGUGCGGAUCGCCUCGUUGCUGUGAUGUUCAUUGUGGGCUACUGUAGCCGUACAAAUGCGAACUACAGUGAAAAUGGGAUAGUGGAACCGGAAAAAUUUGGUUCUGUAUUUGUAUAAGUCAUCCGCUUGAUAAAACCAAUGA